AUGACCGACGCGCGAGUGUCGUGGCUCCAGCGCACGGUGCAGGCCGUGCUGCCCGUGGAGGGCGAGAAGUGGGCUGCACUUCUCCAGGAUGAGAAGGCCAAACAGGACUUGGCAUACUUUCUUGACUCCGCCCCAGAGAACACGACUGCCCUGUUCUACCUGAGACUCGUCUCGGAGCAGUGCACCAAAGAUAGUAGUGUCGAAGGCGCGGGCGAGGAGCUGCCUACGGGGGAUGAGGAAGGUUCUGCGGCCGAGGUCGCGGAGGAGCCGGCCGAGGAGGUGGUCCUAGACGUCAGCGAAGUCUAUGUCGGAGAUGUAGAGGAGAAGGAGACCAAGAAGUCCUAUGGGCGCUCGAAGACCCUGAACCGGGAUACUACUCAGAUGCUCUCUCGUGAGGUGCUGACGCUCACAGUGGGCUCCAUGAUCGACUGCUCACUGGAUCGGAUGUGCCUUUAUUUCAUGAAGCAUAUCGGUGGUGCCGUGAGUCCUGCGACCAUUCAGCGGGAGGUCACCUUCGGCACCGUGGAGGGCACCUUCCUCCGGGACUUAGAG